AUGAAUCCCGUUACCUCCCCUUCGCUGCCGUCAGGUCGCCCGGGCCUCUGGACGGCGUCAGCAGCGGCGGCGCGAGGGGAGGCGCAGGGAGGCGGGGGCGCGGCGAAGCGCGUGCGGUGGGAGGAGGAGGAGGUGGCGUGCGGCACGGAGCACACGGUGGUGUACCUGCUGCUGCAGAGCGGCCGCCUCUCCCCGCGCGGGCUUGCUACCUUAGCCUGCCUCUGCCGCUCCUUCCGCCAUGUAAGGCGCUCCCUAGGUGAUGGGAGUUGGGGGAAUGUGAGGCAAGGCGAGGAGGGAAAGGGGCUAAAGGGAGGGGAGGGGGCGGGGAAGGGGGGUGACGGGGAAGUGGGGAAGAGGGGGGAGGGGGAAAAAGGGGUAAGUGGGGGAGGGUGGGGUAGGGUAGGGUGUGAGGUGAAGCGGAUGUGGUGGGAGGAGGAGCAGGUGGCGUGCGGUACGGAGCAGAGCAGCACACUCCUUACGCCAUGCACGGCACUCGUUAGGGGCUACGCCGUGCCACCCCAUGCCGUGCCAUCCCAUGCCGUGCCAUCCCAUGCCGUGCCACCCCAUGCCGUGCCAUCCCAUGCCGUGCCAUCCCAUGCCGUGCCAUCCCAUGCCGUGCCGUCCCAUGCCGUGCCAUCCCAUGCCGUGCCAUCCCAUGCCGUGCCAUCCCAUGCCGUGCCACCCCAUGCCGUGCCAUCCCAUGCCGUGCCAUCCCAUGCCGUGCCAUCCCAUGCCGUGCCAUCCCAUGCCGUGCCACCCCAUGCCGUGCCAUCCCAUGCCGUGCCAUCCCAUGCCGUGCCAUCCCAUGCCGUGCCGUCCCAUGCCGUGCCAUCCCAUGCCGUGCCAUCCCAUGCCGUGCCAUCCCAUGCCGUGCCACCCCAUGCCGCGUGUGAGGACGAGAUGCUGUGGCAUCUGGUGUGCAUCGUGCACUGGCCCAGCCUCAACGCCCCGGACCUGGAGGCCAGAAUACGAGCGAGCGGUGGUUACAAGAGGUUCUGCCGUCUGCUCCACACACCCUGUGGGGAGGUCCAGCACACCAUCCCAGCCUGCCACGUGGACGAGUUUGUGUCUGACGUCAUCUUCCUUGUUGACGUGUCGUACCGUGGUUCGCCCAUCUUCUCGCGUCGCAUCACUGGGGCCGGCGACCUGGAGCAUCUGCAGCAGCCCGAAUCGUUCGUGUUCCGGCUGCCAGACAUGGAUGUGGGCACAGUGCUGGUGGACGGUAAGCCUGGGCUGAGCAGGAGGGCGUUGGAGCGGGCAGCGAGGGAGCUGCAGGUUUCGUGUCUGGCGCUGAGGGGUCGCGACGACAGCUUUGCUGUGCUGCUCAUGGCGACCACUGCACAGCACAGCACCAUUGGCGG